AUGGCAACGGCGAUGGCCGCCACCUCCCUGGCCCCGAUCCUGGCCGCUGCUACGUUCCCUGGCCCCGAUCCUGGCGGCUGUGUCAGGGUGGCGCGCCGGCGGGAGACGGCUGCGUGCCUUGAUCCGGACGCCAGCACGAGUGUUCUUGGGAUCAUCCUUGGAGGUGGUGCUGGGACAAGGCUGUAUCCACUGACGAAGAAGAGGGCGAAACCAGCAGUACCGUUGGGCGCCAACUACAGGCUUAUAGAUAUCCCUGUCAGCAACUGUCUGAACAGUAACGUCUCCAAGAUAUAUGUGCUAACACAGUUCAACUCUGUUUCGCCCAACCACCACCUCUCGAGGGCCUAUGGUAACAACAUUGCCGGGUACAAGAAUGAAGGAUUCGUUGAGGUCCUUGCAGCACAACAGAGUCCAGAGAAUCCCGACUGGUUUCAGGGUACUGCAGAUGCUGUGCGUCAAUAUAUGUGGCUAUUUGAGGAGCACAAUGUCAUGGAGUUCCUUAUUCUGGCUGGAGAUCACCUGUACCGUAUGGACUACCAAAAGUUCAUUCAGGCCCAUAGAGAAACAGAUGCUGAUAUAACUGUUGCAGCCCUGCCAAUGGAUGAACAACGUGCAACUGCAUUUGGUCUUAUGAAAAUUGAUGAUGAAGGGAGGAUAGUUGACACCACUAUAUUGGGCCUUGAUCCUGAGAGGGCCAAGGAACUGCCUUAUAUUGCUAGUAUGGGAAUCUAUGUUUUUAGCAAAGAUGUGAUGCUUCGGCUUCUCAGAGAAAACUUUCCUGCAGCAAAUGACUUCGGAAGUGAGGUUAUUCCUGGCGCAACAGAAAUUGGAUUAAGGGUGCAAGCUUACUUAUAUGAUGGUUACUGGGAAGAUAUUGGUACCAUUGAAGCAUUUUAUAAUGCAAACUUGGGAAUAACCAAGAAGCCUGUACCGGAUUUUAGUUUCUAUGACCGUUCUGCUCCAAUUUAUACGCAACCUAGAUACUUGCCUCCUUCAAAGGUUCUUGAUGCCGAUGUGACAGACAGUGUUAUUGGCGAAGGUUGUGUUAUUAAACAUUGCACAAUCAACCAUUCCGUAGUUGGACUCCGUUCCUGCAUUUCUGAAGGUGCAGUUAUAGAGGACUCUUUGCUAAUGGGUGCAGACUAUUACGAGACUGAGGAUGAUAAGAAAGUCCUUUCUGAGACUGGUGGCAUUCCCAUUGGUAUUGGGAAGAAUGCACAUAUCAGAAAAGCAAUAAUCGACAAAAAUGCUCGUAUUGGAGAAAAUGUGAAGAUAAUCAAUUUUGAUAAUGUCCAAGAAGCAGUAAGGGAGACAGAAGGAUACUUUAUCAAAAGUGGCAUUGUCACAGUGAUUAAAGAUGUCUUAAUCCCUAGUGGAACAAUCAUAUAA